CGUUGCUACCGCCGGCGACGGCGGCCAUCUUGUGCAACAACAAGUGUCAGAAAAGGGGGUCUUAUUUUUCUAGCCUUGAAGGGGAGAAAUGCCAAGUUUGAGGCAUUUCAGCAACCUUCCAUGAUGUGAGUUUAAGGACUUCAAAGUACCAUUUCUCCAUAGAGGAGGCUCUGCAAGAUAGUGAAUGUGCUUCUUUCAUGAGAGGAAAGCAGGAACGAAAGAGCUGGCAGCCAAAAAACCAAAGAACAUAACAACAAGCUUACGUUAAUGUGUAUGCAAGAACAGUAGAUUUCCCUUACUGCGAGCUAGAUUUGCAACUGAGCUCUUACAAAUACUGUGCGGCGACGACAACAGCAAAUUUUCUCACAAGUAUGUACGAUGAAGGGCGCUAGUAAGAUGCCCACUACCAGAACUCCGUCAGGCCGCACGGCAGGGUCGCGACCCCUGGGGUCCACGCGGCACUCCCAGCCUCCCAUGUUCCCUCCAGUCGCGCAGUACAAACUGAACAGUACGCGGACACCGCCGUAUUCGCCGCGGUCCAUGCCAAACGGGAUUUACGGGAUCGGGAUGGGCCUUCCCGCGGACUCCUCACCGCAGCCGUCCAGGCCUCCAACAGCCAAGCAGGAAGUACGGAUAGAGGAGAGGAUCGUUUAUGUAGAGAGGGAAAAAGACAACACUAGGGAGAAGGAACUUCUGGAGAAAGAAGAAAAAUACAAGCAGAAGAUCAGCAAGUUGGAAAAGUUGAUAGAACAACUGAGGACAGAAAUCAAGCAGAGACAACAGGACAUCGAUAAUCUACAGCAGCAACUAAUAUCUAAGGCAGAAGAGUAUCAGAAUGAGUUAGAGUUGGAGAGACAGGCCCACACUGCCACCAGACAGGAGCUGGACAAGGUUCGAGAGGAACUGGCACAGAAGGAGGCAGAGAUACAGGAGAUAAAGACUCUACAUGAGACAGAGAUGGCCAGGAUAGAGGAACAGCUUCAACAGAAGAUGACAGAGAUGCAGGAGACCCAUAAGAAGGAGCUGGCUUCUCGAGACGAGGCACUAAGGAGGCUGAAGGAACACAUGGCCAGCGCCCUGCAGGAUAACUCCAGUGAGAGACAACGUCAGCUAGAAGAGCUGACUAAGGAGCUGAAGAAGAUGUCAGAAGAGACAGAGAUGCUGAAGAGUAAACUCAAGGGAAUGAUCGCCAAAAAUAAGGGUCAUGACUGUAAGAACUGUGCAGUACUGAGUGAACAGAUCCAGAAGAUCCAGCUGCAGCUCAGGUUAAAGGACAAGACUAUAGAGGAGAAGGAGAAAGGCCUGCUGGAACUCAAGCAGCUCUGUAUCAAGUUUGAGAAACAACUCAUGCAACAGGACAAGCUGCUACAGGAGUGGCAGGUGUACUCGGAGCUGAGUGAGAGAGUCAGGAAGUGUUAGACAACUUGUACAUUGUACCUACAUUGUAAGGCUAGCUGCCACAGUGCAUUUAGUGUUUCCUAUAGUACCCAUGCAGUUAUGCAGUUAAAAUUUACACUUAAAGGGACAGCACAGUAAAAGAAACUUUUUUACCAAGGGCUUUCCAAUGUAUUUAGUCUUCCUGGAGAGUUUUUAAGCCAGAAGAAUCAAAGCUUUUGCCGUACAUUGAUUGAUCUCAGAGAUUCUGGGUUGUUCUUUUACUGAUAUUUGUUUUUCUAGUCCUCCGUCCCAACAUUACUUUUUUUAUGAUUAUCAUUUAGUAAACCCCUGAAAACUCAAAUGCAAGGAUAAAUAUUGAUACAUACAUCCUUUUUAACAAAAUGUCAUAUAUUAAACAUCUUCUAGCAGUAUUUGUAUUCAUAGAUGCUACAAGGAUCAUUGUGGAAACAUACUUGGUAAUUGAGCAACAGCUGAGUUUAGCUACAAUGCCAAAGUGAACAGUACUGAAUGAUAUGUACAUGUGCAUGUAUAUACAA